AUAUUAACACUUCCGAUCGAGCUGAUCGAUCAAUCAAUGAUCAUGGAGAGGAAGAAGACGGACUGUCCGGCGCUUCCACCCGGCUGGAAGAAGGAAGAAGUGAUCCGGAAGUCCGGGCUGAGCGCUGGGAAGAGUGAUGUGUAUUAUUACAGUCCCACAGGAAAGAAGUUCCGCAGUAAACCUCAGUUAUCCCGCUACCUCGGGAACUCGGUGGAUCUGGGAUGUUUCGACUUCCGCACGGGCAAAAUAAUGCCCAGCAAGAUGCAGAAGAACAAGCAGAGACUGCGCAGCGACAACCUCAGCCUGAGCAAGGUACUGAACGCCACACAUCUCACGGGGGCCCUAAGCAGCCGCUGGAGUAUUAGGGUCACGGCUCUGAUAGCUGAGGGUGGAUUUGUUCUUCAGGAGUGUUUGGAUGUAAAUGAAGCCGUUGCAGCCGCUGGCUCUUUCCUCCGUCUCAUAUAUUCCAGUAGCGAGGGAGGAUUUAGCUCUACAGGCCCCGCGGCGCUCAUGGACGAGCUUUAUUUAAUAACUCCUGCUGUGUUUAUGAGCGGUUGUUGCGGUUCAUGUGUCCCGCGGGCCGCCGCUGAUCUGUUCUGGGAGAAGCGUCUGAAGGGCCUGCGCUCGUCGGACGUGUCGGAGGAAGCGCUCAGGACGAUGGAUCUGCCCAGAGGUUUACAGAGUAUGGGGCCGGACUUGACGGACGAGACGCUUCUGUCGGCCAUCGCUAGCGCUCUGCACAUGAGCUCGGCGCCCAUCACGGGUCAGACAUCCUCGGCGGCCGAGAAGAACCCGAGCAUAUGGCUGAACACAUCGCAGCCGCUCUGCAAAGCCUUCACCGUCACAGACGACGACAUACGGGAGCAGGAGCUGAAGGUGCAUCAGGCCCGGCGCAGUCUGGAAGACGCUCUGAUGGCCGACGGUUUGGCGCGAGCCGCCGAAUCCAGCCGAGACAUGGAGGACAGUGCGGCGUGAAGAGAAACAGGUUCGUCAGUGCACUGGAGUCCAGCUCCGCCCGCCGUGGACGCCCGGAUGUGAUGUCAUCAGUCUGCGUCAGCGGCACACGUUCAAUAACCCAUUACCAAUAGCUUCAACCAAGGCCCUUUUCAACUAGAGCAUAUAUUUUUAUGUACAUAUCUAUAUAUAAUUGAAAACAAUGCUUAUUUUGUGUCAGACAGAAGACAGAGAACUCGGCUUCUAUACGGCAAACGCAGAGCAAUACUUCCUCGCCUCAAAUCAGGUCACCGUCGCUGGGUUUGUAUCGCGAACUCUUUUUACUUUCGUUUGGUGUCGCUGCUCUCUUCAGGGUUUGUGACAAAUGAUUAAUGCAUCUGCAAACGUAUGAAUGGAAAACUGCUUAUUUAAGAAAAAAAUUUAUACCUUGAGAUAAAAAUGUGUACAUUUCUUGCAUAAUUCUAGAGUAAAUAAAAGAUUAUAUUCACAAAAAUGU